GGUAGCACACACAUACUCAGUCACACACUCAAGUUGGUUGUGGAGACUGUCACAGCCUUUGUAGCCUCACAGUUCUGUAAAUACGCUCAGCUCAAACAGCAGCAGGAGCAGUUUUUUGUGUGCUUUCAUUUCCUCACGAUUUCAAGGGAUGCAGAACUUCACUCUCUGUUCAUCACAGGACUGUUGGAUUCUCUCACUGUCCUACAUCUUCAUUUCUUUCUCUCCUGCCUGGGGUACACACCAGCUACCGCCUGAUCAAAAAAUUUGGAUAUUUUCUCUUUUUUAUUUUUGGGAUAUUGGUUUCAAAGUAGAGAUUGACAACCCGAUCUGGAGUUGUUUUUUGGCUUGAUUGAGGAUCGCUGUGUGGCGGCAGCGUGCCUCCGUGCUAAUUGCCAGGUUGAUGAAAGUGGGUGGAAGUCGGUGAGUGAAUCACUGGUGAUGCGACUGCAUGACCAAGGACAACCGCCAGGCAAGUGACAAACAAGGGGCGUUGAGGAACGUGAGAGAUGUGGUGAAGAAAAACUGAAAACACCUCAGGUCUAAAGAAAAACACUCACCAGGAAGCGGAGGAUGCAGUCUCGCACUCAGGAGCAGCCCCUGGCCCUUACCACGGUCAAGUCCUACAAUUCAACCAAUGGGAAAGAAGAAGAAGUGAAUACAGAUGCAGAUUCCAUGGAGGAGGAGGCGGAGUUUAACUGGGAGGAGUACAUGGAGGAGACGGGGGCUAACGCCGCCCCUCACACCACCUUCAAACAUGUGGAGAUCAGCCUGCAGAGCAGCUUCCAGCCCGGUAUGAAGCUCGAGGUGGCCAAUAAGAGCAGCCCGGACACGUACUGGGUGGCCACCAUCAUCACCACGUGUGGCCAGCUGCUGCUGCUGCGCUUCAGCGGCUACGGCGAGGACCGCAAGGCUGACUUCUGGUGUGACGUCAUGACGGCCGAGCUGCAUCCAGUGGGCUGGUGCGCCCAGAACAACAAGACCCUCAUGCCCCCUGAAGAUAACAUUUACCUAAGAAAAGCCAUCAAGGAGAAAUACAGCGACUGGACAGAGUUCCUCAUUCAGGACCUGACAGGCUCUAGGACAGCACCUGCCAACCUGCUGGAGGGGCCUCUGAGAGGUAAGAACACAGUAGAUCUGAUCGUUGAGGGCUCGGUCUUGGAGCUUCAGGACGUCUCGGAUCCUUUCCUGUACUGGCCUGUUAGAGUCAUCCAAAACGUUGGAGGGAGACUAUGCCUGCGCUAUGCAGGUCUCUCUGAAGACCACCAGGCUCAGGACACCUGGUUGUUCUAUCUGGACGUCAGACUCCGGCCUCUUGGCUGGGCCCUGGAGAACCAUCUCACCUUAGAACCACCCAUAGAGCUCAGGUCUCUGAAGAACGCCCCUGACUGGCAGCAGGCUCUGGAGGACGCUCGACUCGAUGGACAGAAGAGUCCGCUGCCGCUCGAGGUGUUCAAGGACCACGUAGACCUACCCAAGCACUCCUUCAAGAUGGGGAUGAAACUGGAGAUGGUUUCUCCGUGGGAACAGCUCAAGAUCUGCCCCGUUUCUGUCACCAAGGUCUACAAUGAGAUCUACUUCCAGGUCAUGCUGGAUGAUCUCUCUGUUGACGCUAAGCCACAGUUUGUGGUGUGUCACGCCAACUCGCCUGGCAUCCUGCCAGUCCAGUGGUGCCUGAAGAACGGCAUGAAUCUGGAGAGGCCCCGAGGAUAUGAGGGCCAGGACUUCGACUGGGCAGACUACCUGAAGCAGAGCGGGACCGAAGCUGCUCCUGACGCCUGCUUUCCUGAUACAUGGCAGAACAGAGGCUUUGCCAAGGACAUGUGGCUGGAGGCGGUGAACCCUCACCGGCCGGUGGAGGUGUGUGUGGCUCAGAUCACACAGGUCAGAGGACGCCUGCUGUGGCUCCGACUGGAAGGUGUGGCGAAGCCCCUGUCAGAGUGUCUCGUGGACGUCGAGUCCAUGGACAUCUUCCCUGUCGGCUGGUGCGAGGCCAACGCUUACCCUCUGACCCCUCCACUCAAACCUGUCUGCCAGAAACAGAAGAAGAUAGCUGUGGUCCAGCCAGAGAAACAGUUGGCUCCGUCCCAGCCAGUGGAGACGACUCCUGUCAACUACUGCCAGCCCGUUGCCAUGGAUCCAGGCUCAGCCAAUGGCAGAUAUUGCUGCUCCAAGAUUUUUGUCAACCAUCGCUGUUUCUCAGGACCCUACCUCAACAAGGGACGCAUUGCAGAGCUGCCGCAAGCUGUCGGGCCCGGAAAAUGCACACUGGUCCUCAAAGAGCUGCUGAGCAUGCUGAUCAACGCCGCCUACAAACCUGGACGAGUCCUGAAGGAGCUGCAGGAGCUGGAGGAUAAGAGCUGGGACUGCCAAGAGGAGACCCUCAAAGCCAAAUACAAAGGGAAAACCUAUCGCUCCACUAUCCGAAUAGUCCGCCUGGCAGACCAGAUCCCAGACUUCUGCCGUAAGGUGUGUGUGAAGCUGCAGUGCUGCCCGAACCUCUUCAGCCCCGUCCUCGUCACCGACAAGUGCCCAGAGAACUGCUCCGUUCAGACCAAAACCAAAUACACCUAUUACUAUGGGAAGAAGAGGAAGCUGUCCAAGCCGAUGGGAGGAGAGGAGACAGCGGAGGGAGAGCUGGCCAAGCCGACGCGCCGCAGGAAGAAGAGGAAAGCUAUCUUUGUGCAGAAGAAAAGACGCUCGUCCGCUGUGGACUACACUCCUGCUGGCUCACCACAGGACAGCGAUGAAGGAGAGGAGGAUGAGGAGAUGGCGCUGCAGUCGGGCAGCGAAGGCAACAGCUCGGAGCCUCGCGAGGACCACACUGAUGCCUCCUCAGUGGAGGUGAUCAGCAGCCGUCCUCGUCGGGCUGCGGCGCGCUGCAGGGCUGUCAGUGCGGGAAACGCCGCAACCAGUCAGGAGGUCCCCGAAGGCCGCAGGAGGUCAACUCGCUCGCUGUCUACCUACAACCAGAACAACAACAAGUAUCAGCCGCCCAAAGGACAAGACAUGCAGGUGGAGGAGGAGGAGGGUCAGCUGGUUUUAGACAGAAACCCCCUGGAGUGGACUGUAGACGAAGUCGUCCAGUUUAUCAACUCUACUGACUGUGCGUCCCUGGCCAACAUCUUCCAGGAGCAGGACAUCGACGGUCAGGCCCUGCUGCUGCUGACCCUGCCCACAGUCCAGGAGUGUAUGGACCUGAAGCUUGGCCCUGCCAUCAAGCUGUGUCACCAGAUAGAGCGUGUCAAGGUCGCCUUUUACAGACAGUACGCUAACUGAUUGAGGACUCAGCUGAUCGGUCGAGAGGAAAGUUUGUGCACAACGUGGAUGUAUCAGAUUAACUGCCACCUGGUGGAAAACUUUGUGGACUUUUUGACCAUGUGGAGUUGAGUUUUUAUGGAUUUCCCAACUCACAAGAAGAAGGAAUAUGUUUUAGAGCGGCUGCACUGGAAAAAGUAGAAACUAUGCGCAGCAACAAAGUGAAUUCUGGAGGAUUUUUACCCACGAGGAGCUGAAGGAUUCAUUUCUGGAGUACUGUUGGUGUGAAAAUGUGAUGCAGUACCCACAUGAACUUCAAACAACACGCACACAUUGGAGUGGAUCCGUGUGCUUUGCUGAUCUGUGAAGAAGAUAUUUUGAGAAGAUGAGGACUCCAUGACUUUUCAUGUUUAUUUCUUACUUUUCAUUCCCAUUUUAUUUGUGAUAGAGAAGCAUUAUAGCAUUUAAGUUAAAAUAAUUAUUGAAGACAAAGACAUUUCCCCUUUUUUGUGUGACAUAAUUGGUUCUAAAAUCUAUAUAUAUUUAACAACCCAGGAAGUAAUAUAUUUGGAAUAUUUAUUGUAAUCCUUAUUUAUAAGGAGGAAUCUAUCUAUUUGGAUGCUGAGAAAGAAUUGAAGAGUUCUAUCGUAAAAUCAACUCCUUCUCCACUGAAACUAAACAUAAAGGAAGUAUUUGUUAUUUCACAAACAGAAACCAAAACCUGCAUUAGUUUAGAUUCACACCUCAGUUUCUGGUCACAAAGGAGAUAAAAACAGCUGUGUCCCAUGUGCUGUUGGAGAGAAUAAUGCCCUCCAAAAUACUUUGAACCCACUCUCCUCUCAUUGUUACAAUCACAUGCAACAAUCAUGUAAGCUAUUUUGUGUCCAUCUAUGCAAAGGUGUUGCAGAUAUUUUUGAUAAGUAAGAAAAUAAAUUUCUAUUGAUUUUUA